AUUGUGAAGGAGUAUGAGAGGGCCAUCAUCUUUCGGCUGGGGCGGAUCCUACGAGGAAGAGCUAAAGGGCCAGGUAGCAUACUUCCCAUCAUCACCUUCACACCCACUGUCCUUGGAGAAACUCUGUGCCUAACACUGUGCCUAUUAGCUAUGAUUCUCUCAAGGUCCCAUAAAAUGACUUUUUAAAGUCUGUAAGAGUAUGAUAUAGACGAGAGUAUGAGAUAGACGAAAAUCGCAUUAAACCGAAUGUGGGUCUGUCUUGAAACCACCUUAGCUGUGAAAGUACGUUAGGAGGAGGAGUCAAGACCCUACUUAGUUUGUAUGUGGUAUGGGGUAAUUCUGCUUUCACCUAUUUGUUUUACAUUGUGGUGGGCUACCACACUACUAUUGUUCUUCCAUUGAACCACUGUGUAGGAGUUCACUGCAACGGAUCUGUUAUGCACUUCCUGUGUUCUAGUUUAAACACUCCUGUGCUGCUGUAGCUUAUGUUUAAACAGAAUUCCAGAACGUAAACCGAAUUCCAGGGUUCAUGCUGGAAUACUUUCAGCAAGCACAUUAGUUAAAAUAGUGCCGGUCUUUCUUUUCAAAAGCAUAGUUUGUGUGGUAGGAUUUUUGCCUUGGUAACACUGUAAAAGACGUCUGGGGUAUAUUUGGUAUGACAAACUGAAUAUACCAGUAGUUGGCCUUCAAAUCGAUCUUCAUGGAAUACUUUGAGAGGUCUCUAUUUAACAAUUAGUCACAGAAUUUGGCAGCAAUUGCAAUCAAUUAACUAAUGAGCUUAAGAGGCUUAAACUAAAUCUCUUGUCUAAAUUAGUGAUCUGAGAGCUCCGCUGCUGUCAGAUACAAACUGAUGUCUUGAUGAGAAGCAGUGGGCCUGAGUCAUAGUACUGAACUGGUAGUGCAGAAUAAACACCCACAUCCCUCCUCAGCUCUCUCUGAUCUUUCUUUUGCCUACUACAAACCGCCUAUUCGGAAGACCAUUUAGUGUAUUUCCUGUUUGUGCUUUCCUUCACUCUAAUGAUAUUACCCUUUGAUUGAUGCUAACUUGAGGUUGCAAUGGGUAUUUGUGGUUGCAAUCUCUCCUAAUUUCUCCAAUGGCCCGAUUCAGUCUUAGGAAAUGUACGCUUUUUUUCUAUGCACACCUUUCCUACGCACUUCUCAGUAGUUGGUAUUCAGAAUUACCUUAUGCAGGAGCAUAACAGGCUUUGCAGGCGUGAUUCCCUUGCUUGCACUGAGCACAUUUAUUUCAACCGUUGAAAACCACCCCACUUGCUGGCCAACACUUUGUCUCGUGGAGUUUUCAUUCAAUGCUGUUUUUAGUAUAUUUAUCUAAAGCAUCUCUUUAAAUUUGGUGUACCUUUUAAUUAGAAUUUCCUCAACAGACUCACUACUACUAAUAUAUGGAGAGAAUGGUUCAGAAUAUUAGGGAUCAAUGAAAGAAACCCAUGUAAAUACACACAUAUUCGUCUCCUUUUCAGUACCAAUUGGUCAAUUUUAAAAUACUCUGAUCUUGUAUAUUAUUUAGGGUUAGGAAAGUAUUUAUGAAUAAUAAAAAAAAAAGUUUGGAGAGCCUUUACGCACAAAAUACACAGAGUAUACAAAACAUUUUUGCAAAUUUAUUACAAAUAAAAAACGGAAAUAUCAUAUUUACAUAAGUAUUCAGACCCUUCACUCAGUACUUUGUUGAAGCAUCUUUGGCUGCGAUUACAGCCUUCUUGGUAUGACGCUACAAGCUUGACACACCUGUAUUUGGGGAGUUUCUCCCAUUCUUCUCUGCAGAUCCUCUCAAGCUCUGUCAGGUUGGAUAGGGAGCGUCGAUGCACAGCUAUUUUCAGGUCUCUCUAGAGAUGUUCGAUCGGGUUCAAGUCUGGGCUCUGGCUGGGCCACUCAAGGACAUUCAGAGACUUGCCCCGAAGCCACUCCUGCAUUGUCGAAGCCACUCCUGCAUUGUCGUCGUCGUGUUGGAAGGUGAACCUUCGUCCCAGUCUGGUGGUCCUCAGUGUUCUGGAGAAGGUUUUUAUCAAGGAUCUCUCUGUACUUUGCUCCGUUCAUCUUUCCCUUGAUCCUGACUAGUCUCCCCGUCCCUGCUGCUGGAAAACAUCCUCACAACAUGAUGCUGCCACCACCAUGCUUCACCAUAGGGAUGGUGCCAGGUUUCCUCUAGAUGUGAAGCUUGGCAUUCAGGCCAAAGAGUUCAAUCUUGGUUUCAUCAGACCAGAGAAUCUUGUUUCUUGUGGUCUGAGUCAUUUAGGUGCCUAUUGGCAAACUCCAAGCGGGCUGUCAUGUGCCUUUUAUUGAGGAAUGGUUUCCGUCUGGCCACUCUACCAUAAAGGCCAGAUUGGUGGAGUGCUACAGAGAUUGUUGUUCUUCUGGAAGUUUCUCCGAUCUCCACAGAGGAACUCUGGCGCUCUGUCAGAGUGACCAUCAGGUUCUUGGUCACCUCCCUGACCAAGGCCCUUCUUUCCCGAUUUCUCAGUUUGGCUGGGCGGCCAGCUCUAGGAAGAGUCUUGGUGGUUCCAAACUUCUUCCAAUUAAGAAUGAUUGAGGCCACUGUGUUCUUAGGGACCUUCAAUGCUGCAGACAUUUUUUGGUACCCUUCUCCAGAUCUAUGCCUCAACACAAUCCUGUCUUGGAGCUCUACGGACAAUUCCUUCAACCUCAUGGCUUGGUUUUUGCUCUAACAUGCAUGCUGAAAAUACAAUAUUUGUGGUUAUUGAAAAUAGAUUUCAUAGCGGAUUUUCUACAGUAUACAUUGCUUGUUUUGUCACAUAAACAGAAGUUAGGCAAACUAUUAGAAUUGUAUGGAAUCAUGUAGUAACCAAAAAAGUGUUAAACAAAUCAAAAUAUGUUUUAUAUUUGAGAUUCUUCAAAUAGCCACCCUUUGCCUUGACAGCUUUGCACACUCUUGGCAUUCUCUCAACCAGCUUCACCUGGAAUGCUUUUCCAACAGUCUUGAAGGAGUUCCCACAUAUGCUGAGCACUUGUUGGCUGCUUUUCCUUCACUCUGCCGUCCGACUCAUCCCAAACCAUCUCAAUUGGGUUGAGGUCGGGGUAUUGUGGAGGCCAGGUCAUCUGAUGCAGCACUCCAUCGCUCUGCUUCUUGGUAAAAUAGCCCUUACACAGCCUGGAGGUGUGUUGGGUCAUUGUCCUGUUGAGAAACAAAUGAUAGUCCCACUAAGCCCAAACCAGAUGGGAUGGCGUAUUGCUGCAGAAAGCUGUGGUAGCCAUGCUGGUUAAGUGUGCCUUGAAUUCUAAAUAAAUCACAGACAGUUUCACCAGCAAGCACCCCCACACCAUCACACUUCCUCCUCUGUGCUUUAUGGUGGGAACUACACAUGCGGAGAUCAUCCAUUCACCCACACCGCGUCUCACAAAGACACGUCGGUUGGAACCAAAAAUCUCCAAUUUGGACUCCAGGCCAAAGGACAAAUUUCCACCGGUCUAAUGUCCAUUGCUCGUGUUUCUUGGCCCAAGCAGGUCUCAUAUUAUUAUUGGUGUCCUUUAGUAGUGGUUUGUUUGCAGCAAUUCGACCAUGAAGGCCUAAUUCACACAGUCCCCUCUGAAAAGUUGAUGUUGAGAUGUGUCUGUUACUUGAACUCUGUGAAGCAUUUAUUUGGGCUGCAACUUCAGAGGCUGAUAACAUGAAUGAACUUAUCCUCUGCAGCAGAGGUAACUCUGGUUCUUCCAUUCCUGUGGCAUUUUUCAUGAGAGCCAGUUUCAUCAUGUCUUAUAGUAAUGAUGGACUGUCGUUUCUCUUUGCUUAUUUGAGCUGUUCUUGCCAUAAUAUGGACUUGGUCUUUUACCAAAUACGACUAUCUUCUGUAUACCCCCCUACCUUGUCACAACACAACUGAUUGGCUCAAACGCAUUAAGAAGGAAAGAAAUUCCACAAAUUAACUUUUAUGAAGGCACACUUGUUAAUUGAAAUGCAUUCCAGGUGACUACCUCAUGAAGCUGGUUGAGAGAAUGCCAAGAGUGUGCAAAGCUGUCAUCAAGGUAAAGGGUGGCUAUUUGAAGAAUCUCAAAUAUAAAAUAUAUAUAACACUUUUUUUGGUUACUACAUGAUUCCAUAUGUGUUAUUUCAUAGUUUUGAUGUCUUCACUAUUAUUCUACAAUGUAAAAAAUAGAAAAAAUUAAGAAAAACCCUUGAAUGAGUAGGUGUGUCUAAACUUUUGACUGGUAAUGUAAGUGGCUGAAUUAAUAAGGCGACGGGGCAUCAUAUUGGGUUAGCUUUCUGACGUGUUUGAGAAGUCAAAGCCCUUUGGAUGGGUUAUUUGUACAGCUGCCACUUCUAUCUUGAUUUCCUUGCAUUUUUUCUCCUCUCCGUUCUCGGCCUAUCUGCUCCUCCCCCUUCCUCUCUGAGCACGGCAGGCUCGUUGCCCUAGCGACUCCAGACUCCACACAGACACAGCAUCUAGACAUUCUGCUGGAGAGCCAGUACUGUUCUUCCUUCAGACAAGCAUGCGUCAUAACUUUGUUCAUUUGGACAAUGUCUCUCGUUCACAUUCAUUUGUAAAUGUCCAAACUCACCAAAAAUGACAUUUGGUAGCUCCUACCUAUAUAUGUAUAACUUUAUGAGCUGGAUUGCCUGUCUUUGCAAUUUGCAUUUGCCUAAUAUGAUCCACUGUUGCUAGCGAUCCUCAGGAACAACCACACGAAUGUGACAGAGGAAAGAAAGGUAAACUAAUGAUGUAAUGGAAUGAUGCAAAAUGUAAGGAAGCUAACACUAAAGUGACAGUUAGGAAUGUAUGUGGGUAUAACUAACGGUGGCUACCGAUAGUGACUAAUAUUUAAAACGAUACAAAUUGUAAAAGAAUACAAUGUAAAGAAAAGUCUGGGCAUAUAAUUGAAGCAUUCUACUAAUCAAAAAUCAACUCUGUAGAUUUGGCGCUAAACUGUCAUUUGCGCAUGGCUAAAGAAGCCUAUAACUUGGGAAGAAGCCUAUAACUUGGGACUCCAAAUGUCAUCCCUGCAAGUUAUAAGGCCAGUAUUUCGUAAACUUCACUGUGGAAAAGGUGUUGAUUUGCUUCAGUUUGCUGCCAUAUGACUGGUUUGACAUUUGUCUCCAGUGAUCAUAAGGUAAAAUGGAUCUAAAACAAUUGUCAUUUAUAUUUACAAUCCCCUUAUCCAAACGGCUUACUCAUUUACCUAGCUCUUAUCAAUAGCUCUUAUCAAUUAGUAAAUUACAGUGCAUGGAAACUGGUGUUAUUUCUAUCAGAGAAAAAAAAGAAAGUAGAUGUUGUUCCACUUGGAACCGACAGGUUGCUUGACCUUAUUCAUCGUGCGUAAAGGUGGUGGAAUUAUGAGGGAAUGAAGUCAAGGUCAGAAUACGGCGUAUCUGCAGACACACCUCCGUCACACCUUCAUUCCUUUGAUCUCCACCCCAAACGUAUAGCGGGUUAAUAGCAUGCUAUUCUCAUGCUUAAGUUCAAGGUCAGAAUACACGUAGAGAGAAAAGUCUAUAAAAAGGGAAUUAUGUUCCAUUUAUGCGCUUAAUUCGUGUCGGAAUUCCCCCCUAGCUGAGCAGAGAGCAUGCCUAUCUCUUUGUAGUUGGAGUGGAAAAGUUAACAUUUCACCCUCAGUAUAUAGUGGCAUUCUUAAGAUAGUUGAUUGAUUAGCUGUAUUUACACUUUAACAAUGUGCAAGAUACGCUAUUCCCAUACAAAUCUCCAACCUUCAGUGUAACUAUAAAGUGGCCACAGUAGUCUAUCUACCAUAGCCAGGUUAUGGACCUCAAACUCUCAAGCCUUGCUCUCCAUGGAUGAAACAUGAUCUAGCAGGAUUCCGGAACAGCCGCAUGAUAACAGCCUGAGGUAAUAAUAGACCCUGUCCAUCUGUCACGGAGGGACCCUCAACUUCCCCUGCUGCCCGGAGACACAAACACCAAAGUUUAGUUUAAUAUUUGGUUUGGCCAACUAAACUCUGCUCAUUAUCUUCAUGGUCUUCCCCUCUCUCUCCAUAACACGUCUUGUCCAACUGCCAGAUAAGAUCUUUUAACAGAAUCAACUGUUUUAAGUCAGGCUAUGGGCUAGUCAGUAGUCAUUGCAUUUUAUGUUAGAAGUUUCCCUGAUGCUUUAUGCAUUGGUGUUACUCUGCAUUAGCCUAAACCAAGUUGUUGUGGUGAGUGAUCCAGUGCCAUUUUUAGGGUGGGAAUCCAUGGAAUUUUCCAUCAUAUCACAUGAUGCUUUGCAUAGCAAAUUCAGAGUAUACUCCUGUGUUGCAGACUUGCAGUACAGUAGAACCAGGGCCAGCAGCUGGCACUUGGCUGAAGUCCCAGCUGGGAAGAAUUAUUCUAGAAAGAGAAGGAAAUGUUUACAUUAGUGAAAGUUGCAUGGGACAAAUGCCUCUGUUAAAGGGAUACUUGGGGAUUUUGGCAGUGAGGCCAAAAUCCCGAAGUAUCCUUUUAAUCCCCUUUCUUUGGCCUAAGCUACAUUAUCUUACACACCAUCAUGCCCAGCACUCUGUGUUUGUACUGCACUGUACUGUACUGUAUUGUACAAUGAUGAAUCGGAGUGUGUGCAAACAAAGAGGAGUUAAUGAAUGCAGGAUAUGUAUACUGUCAUGAUCAACAACAGUCUGGUUGUGUGAGACUAACUAGCUUUAAGCGUGGCUGUUAAACGUGUGUGUGUGUGUGUGUGUGUGCACCCCACAGGCCUGUUCUUCAUCCUGCCGUGCACAGACAGUUUCAUCAACGUGGACAUGCGCACCAUCACCUUCGACAUCCCGCCACAAGAGGUGAGCCCCCCCCCCAUUACCUUGAUUACUCUAUCAUGUAAUACCAGUUAUGAUCAGUGUUGUCAGUAGUAACUCAUUUCUCCUUCUCCCCAGGUUCUGACUAAGGACUCAGUGACGGUCAGUGUUGAUGGUGUGGUGUACUACCGUGUUCAGAAUGCCAUCCUGGCUGUGGCCAACAUCACCAAUGCUGACGCUGCCACCCGCUUGCUGGCACAGACCACCCUGAGGAAUGUCCUGGGCACCAAGAACCUGGCUGAAAUCCUGUCUGACCGUGAGGAGAUAGCCCACAGCAUGCAGGUACUGGACCACAGCAUCCUACUACUCACUCUGUACUGACCAUAACCUGGCCAUACACACGCACCAUACUUCACAGCAUGCAGGUACUCUAAUGCACUGUGGUCUGUUCUUUGUUUAAUCUUGCUAUAGCAACUUAAUACCACACUUUGCAGCAAGCCAUAAUUGCCAUAAAACAGGAGAUGUUGCUAGAGUUCACUAAAUGCCACUAGGUAGCAAAGGUGGAGGGGUAUGUCUCAUGAUUAACAAGUCAUGGUGUGAUUGUGGUAGCGUACAGGAACUCAAGUCCUUUUGUUCUCCCGAUCUGGAAUACCUCAACAAUUACCUCCCGAGAUCAUUUUGUUUGGUUAUUGUCACUGCCGUGUAUAUUCCCCCCCCCCCCCCCCAAGCCGACACCACGACAACUCUCAAGAAACUACAAUGGACUGUGCAAACUGGAAACCGCAUAUCUUGUGGCCGUGUUUAUUGUAGCUGGGGACUUUAAUGAAGGAAAUCUUAGGAAAACGCUUCACAUGCGCUGAAUUGGUCACGUGCUGAAUACAACAGCUGUAGACUUUACAGUAAAAUGUUACUUACAAGCCCAUUCCCAACAAUGCAGAGUUAAAAAGUAAGACAAAUAUUUGCUAAAUUAAAAAGUAAAUAGUAACACAAUAAAAACAAUAACAAGGUUAUAGACAAGGAGUACCAGUACCGAGUCAAUGUGCCGGGUACAAGGUAGUUGAGGUAAUUGAGGUAAUACAGUAUGUACAUGUAGGUAGGGGUAAAAGGGAUUAGGCAAUCAGGAUAUAUAAUAAACAGAGUAGCAGCAGCGUAUGUGAAGAGUGUGGAAGUGUGUGUGUGUGUGACAUCAAUAUGUGUGUGUGUGUGUUUUGGAGUGUCAGUAUAGUAUGUGUGGGUAGAGUCCAGUGAGUGUGCAUAGAGCCAGUGCAAGAGAGUCAGUCCAAAAAUUAAAAAUACACUUGCUUCAGGGCUCGGGUAUUUUCUGUAUACCAGGGAGCUAGUUUCUUUUGAUGAAUGUUUUUAGCAGUGCGACUGCAUCUAGGGUAUUACGCAAGGUUACAUUUAGAUCCUCGGUUAGGUGGUUAACAGAUUGUUUUACUCCGGCGCCCUUGGGUAGGUGGAGGGAGUCUGGAAGUGCACCUAGGAAUUUAUAGUGCUGCUUUUGAUAAUCCUUGGUUGGGGUCUGAGCGAAUAAUUUGUUCCGAUUGCAAACGUAAUAAGAUAGUGAUUCAAUAGUCAAGGAUUAUGAGGAAAAACAUUUAGAUCCACAAUAUCUAUUCCACGGGACAAACAUAGAUCCAGGUUAUGAUUGUGGCAAUGCGUAUGUCCCGAGACAUGUUGGACAAAACCCACUAGUAAUGGUGCGGGUAAUAACUUUUUAUCUGUUUGUGCUAGAAACAAUUUGUUUUCUCUGUAGUAAUGGUUCAGCCGUGACAGUAACGAAUCUGCACUCGCUUUUUUCUCGAGGGCACUCGGAAACAACGGUACAACGAAGCCUAAUCAUGACAACAAUUUUUUCUAGGCGCACUGGUGCUCAUAAAAUUACAUUUAAUUUCAGGUCACACAGCAAAACAUUUAGGAGCAUAUGCGACCAUAAUGGUUGCACUUUAGAGCCCUGUCUGGGCCUAUUAGGACCUGAGGUUUCAAAAGGACCGUGUUGGAUGUAGAGUUCAAUGUCUUAUCCCCUGCGUUUCCUCAGACUACCCUGGAUGACGCUACAGAUGACUGGGGUAUCAAGGUGGAGCGAGUGGAGAUCAAGGACGUCAAACUGCCCCAGCAGCUCCAGAGGGCCAUGGCUGCAGAGGCCGAGGCUAGCCGCGAGGCCAGGGCAAAGGUACGGUACUGACACACAUACAGACCAGGGUAACACACACACUUGAAUAUACAGGCAUUGGUCUUUAGUCUAUUUUUCAGUCCCUUGAGUUGAGGUAAUCCUUUUCCUCUGAGUGAAAAAUCCCACUUGUCUUCUAUUAUAUCAUUUGUUGAUUUUAUUGACUCCCAAAAUAAAUCAUCCAGAUGAAAAUGUUUUCUUGAAGGGUCAACACGUCAUCUCCCUUGUUCCUUAGCAACCGGUGGUCAUGUCGUAAGAACCCGAGAGCAUAGCAGGUCAAAAGCUGGGGCUCCUCUGCCCGAGUCUCCUCCCAUCGGCCAUUACACAAAUUGGAUAUCAUCUUCAAUCUGCUGGUUAAAGAUAAGAGGGCUCCCUGGGAUUGAUUUAUUUAAUCAUCCACUCUCACUCUGGAUACUCUCUAUAUGCUUACAUUCACUCUCACUCUGGGUACUCUCUAUAUGCUUACAUUCACUCUCACUCUGGGUACUCUCUAUAUGCUUACAUUCACUCUCACUCUGGGUACUCUCUAUAUGCUUACAUCCACUCUCACUCUGGGUACUCUCUAUAUGCUUGCAUUCACUCUCACUCUGGGUACUUUCUAUAUGCUUACAUUCACUUGAUCUGUGGAUGUGUGUGAAGAAGAAGCCGAAGCGGCGGAUCGGACAGUGAGGAGACAGACAGGAUGUUCUGGUGCUCACCUCUCUUAGAGGCUUUUAUUUACAAUAUUAACAGGUGCAGGACUAAUUGGCCAAUAAACUUUGUACAGAAAAUAACAAACAGGAUGUUGACAAAGACUUUCAAAGAUAUUCUCAGUAUAAACUAUUCUGGCAACAACUCUUUGCCUCUAACAAAACUUGGGUAUAACUCUACUUUAGCCAACCUGUUAGCUGCCCAGCCUGCUCUCCCCCGGGCAAAAGCCAACAACAUCCUAAGUACUCUUUCCAGGAACUCCCUUCAGCUAGGAAUGUUCCAUCAUGAUAGCCCCAAAACAAAUUUCUACCAUAAAUGCGUAAUUUCCCAUGGACAUAUAACAUCAUAAACAACUGUUUUACAUAAACACACACUUCAAUAACUUGUGCCAUAACUUCUUCUUUAAGUCACACAAUACACAUUCAUGAAGUAAUUCACCCCCGGGAUAAUUCAUCACUUUGGUUAUUCCCGUCAACCAAUAAAUGUUCCUCGAUGACUCGUAGACUAAUUUGCGUCAUGCGUAAAGCACAGCGGCACUUCAACAAGGAAACAGCGCGGCGCUUCAGACAAACACACAAGGUAUGUUAAAUGAUAUGAUUAUACUCUACCAACACAUUGAUCGUUAUUCUAUUAAUAUAUUUCACAUUGCUAGAGCAUGUACGUUUAAAUGGGCAGCUUUAUACACUGUAGAAACAUGGUUAACAAGUUACAUUGUUUUAGUAAUUGGUGUGCACAACAAACACUCGACUUUGGCGCCUUAUGUCAAAGUAUUGUUGGCAAACGGAAUGUGCUACUCAAUCCAACAUAUUCUCUUUUGUUUCAGGAUUCUUGGCUAUACCUUAAAGAGAUACAGUGGGGGAAAAAAGUAUUUAGUCAGCCACCAAUUGUGCAAGUUCUCCCACUUAAAAAGAUGAGAGAGGCCUGUAAUUGUCAUCAUAGGUACACGUCAACUAUGACAGACAAAAUGAGAAAAAAAAAUCCAGAAAAUCACAUAGUAGGAUUUUUAAUGAAUUUAUUUGCAAAUUAUGGUGGAAAAUAAGUAUUUGGUCAUCUACAAACAAGCAAGAUUUCUGGCUCUCACAGACCUGUAACUUCUUCUUUAAGAGGCUCCUCUGUCCUCCACCCGUUACCUGUAUUAAUGGCACCUGUUUGAACUUGUUAUCAGUAUAAAAGACACAUGUCCACAACCUCAAACAGUCACACUCCAAACUCCACUAUGGCCAAGACCAAAGAGCUGUCAAAGGACACCAGAAACAAAAUUGUAGACCUGCACCAGGCUGGGAAGACUGAAUCUGCAAUAGGUAAGCAGCUUGGUUUGAAGAAAUCAACUGUGGGAGCAAUUAUUAGGAAAUGGAAGACAUACAAGACCACUGAUAAUCUCCCUCGAUCUGGGGCUCCACGCAAGAUCUCACUCCGUGGGGUCAAAAUGAUCACAAGAACGGUGAGCAAAAAUCCCAGAACCACACAGGGGGACCUAGUGAAUGACCUGCAGAGAGCUGGGACCAAAGUAACAAAGCAUACCAUCAGUAACACACUACGUCGCCAGGGACUCAAAUCCUGCAGUGCCAGACGUGUCCCCCUGCUUAAGCCAGUACAUGUCCAGGCCCGUCUGAAGUUUGCUAGAGUGCAUUUGGAUGAUCCAGAAGAGGAUUGGGAGAAUGUCAUAUGGUCAGAUGAAACCAAAAUAUAACUUUUUGGUAAAAACUCAACUCGUCGUAUUUGGAGGACAAAGAAUGCUGAGUUGCAUCCAAAGAACACCAUACCUACUGUGAAGCAUGGGGGUGGAAACAUCAUGCUUUGGGGCUGUUAUUCUGCAAAGGGACCAGGACGACUGAUUCGUGUAAAGGAAAGAAUGAAUGGGGCCAUGUAUCGUGAGAUUUUGAGUGAAAACCUCCUUCCAUCAGCAAGGGCAUUGAAGAUGAAACUUGGCUGGGUCUUUCAGCAUGACAAUGAUCCCAAACACACCGCACGGGCAACGAAGGAGUGGCUUCGUAAGAAGCAUUUCAAGGUCCUGGAGUGGCUUAGCCAGUCUCCAGAUCUCAACCCCAUAGAAAAUCUUUGGAGGGAGUUGAAAGUCUGUGUUGCCCAGCGACAGCCCCAAAACAUCACUGCUCUAGAGGAGAUCUGCAUGGAGGAAUGGGCCAAAAUACCAGCAACAGUGUGUGAAAACCUUGUGAAGACAUACAGAAAACGUUUGACCUGUGUCAUUUCCAACAAAGGGUAUAUAACAAAGUAUUGAGAAACUUUUGUUAUUGACCAAAUACUUAUUUUCAACCAUAAUUUGCAAAUAAAUUCAUUAAAAAUCCUACAAUGUGAUUUUCUGGAUUUUCUUUUCUCAUUUUGUCUAUCAUCGUUGACGUGCACCUAUGAUGAAAAUUACAGGCCUCUCUCAUCUUUUUAAGUGGGAGAACUUGCACAAUUGGUGGCUGACUAAAUACUUUUUUUCCCCACUGUACAAUAAAGAGUCUCUCCAACCAAUAAUUUGUUUCAGUGUCAUUGUCUAUAAGUCAUGGACAUGCGCUCCAUGACAAUGUGGAAUUCUUGCUCUCUCUCUCUCCAUUAUCUAUCUUCAUUACUUAAUGGUCAUUACCUAACCUCUUUUUCUUCCAUCUCUCCCUUCAUCUCUCUAUCUGUCCCCCUCCUUCCUGCCUUCUGUGUGUAGGUGAUAGCAGCGGAGGGGGAGAUGAACGCUUCGCGGGCUCUGAAGGAGGCCUCUCUGGUGAUCGCUGAGUCUCCAUCGGGCCUGCAGCUGCGCUACCUGCAGACCCUCAACACCAUAGCUGCUGAGAAGAACUCCACCAUCAUCUUCCCCCUGCCAAUGGACAUGAUGCAGGCCUUCAUGAAGAGAGACUGA